ACUGGUUGUGAGGCGAGGUCUACUGAUACCGGAGAUGGUUUCGUUUAUGUUCCAAGCGACCAGUCUGAUUUAGGCGGUGAAAAUAUAUCGUGGGAUAACCUCGAAUCCGAAGAAAGAAACGAGGAUAUUACGGUUAGUGUGUAUUUUUAUUAA